AUGCGACGACCGUCUUCGAUAGGUGCUCUGAAUUCACCGAAUAAGCAAGUCGUCACACGCUCACUAGAAUAUAACGCACGUGGUGAAGUUCAAUGUAAUCAGCCAUGCCGACCCAACACGACUCCGAAGCCACGCAUUCAGCGCCUCUUGCUCGGUCCCGGUCAAAAUGUAACACACGAUCAGACUUUUCAGAAUCAAUUAAAAGCUCCACUUCCAUCAAAGCUGACUUACCUCCCCGACUCACCGCCGCGCUUUCAAUUCAUUGACGUUACGGAUUUAGAUAAUCCCCAAAGUAGCGAAGCACCUUGCGAGGUUGAGCAAGUUUUAUCAAAUUCAAAAAUAAUAGCGGAGUGUUUUGAGUCCGAUUAUGGUGAAUAUCGACAGGAGAAUUUGCCGUUAGAGGCCUUAACACCGAGCAGCGGUAAUUCUGACAAGCGACUUGAGAAUGAGGAACUCGAUUUAAGUCGAGAAUCUGUCGCAAUGAAAACGGAGAAAGUGGACGUUGAUACAUACGAAACGAGAGACCAGGAAUCAAACAAUGACGUGGGUAAAAUUGCUGACGACGACGAAGAGUACAAGCAAGCGUUGGCAAAUAGGGGGCGAUUGCUGAUCAACGAGGCAAAUCGUCAGCGAACUCGUAGUGAGCUGGAGUCAUAUGUGGGCUCUUUGAAAGCAAUGAUUGACGAAGAUGGAGAACAAUUGGUUCAAUUUCCAAAAAACUAUCAGCAAGUUGUGUCCCUUAUGACACAAAAGGAUAUCAGGGAGGGAGACACAGCAUCUAAUCAAGACAAGCAAACCCAUUUGAAUUGGUCACGAGUUCUUAUUGACUCGGGAUUAUCAAAGCAGCAAGCCUUUGGUAUAAUCGAAGAAGUCGACGACGACCCGGAAUGCAAGAGUAAGUUGGCAGCCAAGAUUGCGCUCAAAAUGGCUCGUAUUCGUCAAUUAGAUACUGUCUUGGAGGAAAAACUCGGAAAGAAUUUGUAUGCGAAUAUUGCUCCAAGAAAGCAGAAAGCUUUGCGUCGUAAAGGAAUGAAAAAGGGUGUCAGGACUAGCAAUCUGUCAAGUCGAACAUUUAUGACGCAAGCGCAAUCGGCCGCGCCAAGUGAGACGUUAAACUGUGAAGAGCAAUAA